UCCGGGUAGGCGGUCGCCAUGGCGAGCAAUGCCGCCAGCCUCAACGCCGUGCGGGAGACCAUGGACGUCCUGUUUGAGAUUUCAAGAAUAUUGAACACUGGGUUGGAUAUGGAGACCCUGUCUAUUUGUGUGCGGCUUUGUGAACAAGGCAUCAACCCAGAAGCACUGUCUUCUGUCAUUAAAGAACUGCGUAAGGCUACAGAAGCUCUAAAGGCUGCUGAAAAUAUGACAAGCUGAUGUGGUAGAAAUCUUUGUAAGAAGAAUUCGAAGUUGUAGAGUUAAUAAAGGAUUGGAACACUGGGCACUGCUCAGAAAUACAAAGUGAAAUUAUAUCCGAAGGUUUCAGAAUAUCUCUGCAAGUGAUCUUGAAAAAAGCAAUGUAUGGGAGAGCUUAAAGUUUGGUUUUCUUAAAUAGGCCCACCACUCAAGAUUUUCUUAAAUCUUACCACACUUGAAUACUUAGUUAUUUUUAUGAGCUGGGAGUGAACUUACUGCAAUUGCUUUUCUUCAGCAUCCAAGAUUUUUAAACAGUGUCAGAGAUCGAUUCGCUUGUUGAAAUUACUAGUAUUUAACAGUGAAUGUUGUUAUCAUGAAUGUAGCUUGCUAAUGCAUCCUUUAGAAGUGUGUUCUGUUUGUUCCUAUUGAAUUGGUGUGGAAAUGAGUGGAUGCUUUUAUCUAUGGGAAAGAUAGGAAAAAAGCCCCUAUUGACUUGAUUUUAAUUACAGUACAGAUGAUGACUUAAGUCAUUUAAGUCACAUUCUGAAAGUAAGAAAUAAAGCACUUUUGAUUAUAAAGAUAA